GAAGAGAAAUACAGAAAAUAAAAAAAAUAAAAAAACAAAAACAAAAACAAAAACAAAGCAAAGCAAAUGUGCUCAUAUCUGAAAGUACGGCAGUCUUGUUCCAAGGCAUCUGCAUGGAACUGUAGGUCAUGAAAUAAUAUACUGACUUUGGACAUUGUACACAUCGUAUAAACACGCAUUAUUUACGCGGUGUCAUAGACAUACGGAAUACAGUUAUCGUCUUGAGCCGCUAUCGCCUGCCCGAUGAACAGUUACUAGGUUUUGUUUUCCCAAGAAGUUCGAUCGGAUCGACCAUUCUCCGUUCGCAAUCACUAAUCCUUGUUCUCGUCUGCAUGCAUAGCGUUAAUCGACGCACCUAUUCAAUAACAGGGAGUUAUUCAUGUUCAUAAUUCAUGUUCAUUUAGGGAGGCUGAAGCUCCCCGGAGGAUUGAGAUCUGGAAAAUUACGAGUUAUGAUUAUUGGUUGUGCUGUGUAGAUUGAUGGUGGUCUCGGCCAUGGCGGCAGGACUGACUGGAGUCGCGGGAUCGAUCAUCGAAGGCGUCGAGUGGGGAGAACGGAUACUUUCGAGAUCCCUUGUUGUCAACAAUGGCGAUAGAGUGGCAGGAGAUUCAAGGAGGUUGUGGAAGAUUGCAACUCCUCCGUGCUCGCAUGGUUGCAUUCAGCUGCUUGGAAUUGCGCUUUUCUGUGAAGUCACAUUAUAAGAGUCCUGAAAAGCUACAUGAGUUUGCUCUAUGAGCGCGAAAGAUGCGCUUGACAUCCAGCAAUGGGCCAAUUCUGUACGCCUGCGGGUAAGAAAUGGUUGACGUUGUAACCACGGCAGACGUGCGCGCAAGCUGUUAAAAUUUUCUUUUCAAGUUCGUGUAGUUUUUGGAAGACGUGCACGCAGGGGUGGAUGGCGAGUCCAGAGGUCAAUGGUGCGACGCUUCAAGCCUCCGGUAGCACGGAUUGCGUCGUGAAGGACCUGUUCGGCACACUAAGAGGCUGGAAGAAAAAGUUUUGGUCCAAAGAAGGCGGCGUGCCUAAUAGGAAGGAUGUGAGCUACAUUGCUCCAAAUGGCGAAGAAAUUAAGUCUGCAAGACAUCUCAUCUGCUAUCUGAAAGUUUACGCGGGUGACCUCAAAGCGGGAGACUUUUGCUGGACAUCAGUUGAAGCGCCGAGGCGGUCCGCGAGGUUGAAUAGAAAGCUGGGACGACACAUUCUUUUCGAAGAAUUAGAAACACUUCCAGCGAAGCGGAUGAGGCGGAACAAGAACAGCCAUGGAAAAGACGCACUGCAAUCUGGCAGAGGAACGGUCGCUAAGGAGGAGCUCUUUGUCGAUCGGUGUCAGAUAUCAGGAACUUCAGAUGCACCUUCACAUACCGUGGGUAGCAAUCACGGUGAGAAUGGAGUAGCGGAAAUUGAAGUCAGUAAGCCCCUCGAAAACUCGCACGUCUCUCUGCUUAACAAUCAGACACUUGCAGUAGACAUCGCAAGAGUUCCUCAGCUUGAGACACUUUGGGACGACAAGGAUGUCGAAGUUGAUAUCGCCCAAGAGGCCAUGACCCUAGAUGUGCAAAUCCCUUUAGAAGUUGUGUUCAACAAACCACCACUAGAAUCUUCAGAUCCUCCAGUAGAAGGCAUGCUGCUCAGUAACAUAGUAACCGGGUUCGACAAUAUCCAAGGUGAGCUUGCCAAUUUGAAAGCAUCUGUUGCAGUUGAAGAUAUCGAAGACAUGGCGCUAAUCGAGGCUACUGUAGCCUCAAUCACGGCAACAUUAGUGCAAGAUCCUUACCCGGAUGAAGAAAUUGACGCAGAGUUGAGCAUAAACGAUGUGACCAACCUCGUCGUCACAACGCCGAUCAUGCAGGAAACAGAAGAUUUAUGCGGCGUCAAAGAAUCAGACCUGCCACUGCCUCAAGGAAUCCAUGCUCUUCUCAACGAGACGGUCCUUGUUAAUGGCAACACGAAGCCCGAGUCUCAAGCAUCGUUGGAGCUUUUGGACAGAUUGCUUGAACCUAUCGAUGUAAUGCAAUGAGCAUGCAACGGAGAAAAUUGAUCAAAACUUGUACCCAGUUCUGAAUCAUGGGCAUUUCGAGCAUUGAGCAAACACGAUACAACACGGAAGGAUGAAGCUCUCGCCGAGAUUGUGUGUGCAGGCAUUGUUUCCGAUGCAAAUUUGCAACGUUAGGCUCUGGAGAUGAGCACAAUUUAUUCAGAUUCACUCCAAUUUUCUCAGCCCAUGCCGCUCCUGCACUAACAUCCAAUGGAUCGGUAUGGUUUUGUAUUAAUUUUUGCCAUCGUUCAAUUGCAUAAAAACUCUGCAUGUUAACUUCCAAACUAAAAGUGUGGAUGGAAACCCAGUAUGCCUGAGAAGCUUUCUGGAGUCAUGUGUUCUUUGAAGUGUUGAGUAAGCUAGGAAUGUUUCGUAUAAUGUUACAAGAGAAUACCAACAUUUGCUCACAGGCUCAUUUUGUUCAUUGUUUUCAUGUGUCGCUAGUAAUUUUUAUGUUGAAAUUGAGGCAAAUGCUUGAUGGUUUGAAGAACUGUCUAUUUCUUUUUUAUGAUUUUUUACCUUUUGAAAGAGAAAAAAUGUCUUAUGAAUCGAAAUAUCACAAGUCGAAUUU